CUUUGUCCUAUGCGGCUUCCGUACGUCCACAAAUUGACGCACCAGGAAAAGCAAAACAGCACAGUAUUAAAACACUAUAUUGCACGUUUACUUCUGUAGUCAGCUGCACGAUGACAUGAUAAAUGCAUAAUUUACUUCUCCUUAAGCUUAGGAUGUCAUUGAUGUUGUAUAGAUUAGUUUAAUUUACGUCCGAUUUUAAAAAAAUCGACGUGUUAGCAUUCAGCUAGCAGUUAGCAGUUGCGCAAAUCAAAUGCAGUAAAAUGGUGCGGAACAUGUUCAGGACUGGGUUUCUGGUUCGGGCCUCACACACUUUGUUAACGUGGGUCGUGACCCUCAUACUGUUCCUGCACGACACCGAUCUGCGCAGGUAUGAAGAACAAGGUGAGCUGCUGCUGCCAGUGCUGUUCUUCCUCGUGGUCGUGCUGUCGGUCCUGUUUUACUUUGCUGUUUCUCUAAUGGACCCUGGCUUCGUUCUCACUGACACUGUUGAGUCUGUCGUGCAGGAUCUCCAGACGUCAGAUGAGGAGAAGGAUCUGAUGAUUCCUCAGACUUCAACCCAUCGGCUGCGGCGCUGUGGGUUCUGCCUGCUGCAGCAGCCCAUGAGAGCGAAGCACUGUCAGACGUGCAAACGCUGCAUUCGUCGCUUCGACCACCACUGCCCCUGGAUCGAGAACUGUGUGGGAGAGAGGAACCACCGCUGGUUCGUCGUCUACCUGCUGGUGCAGCUGCUCGCUCUGCUGUGGGCUCUUCACAUUGCUCUGUCUGGAAUUUCAGCCAGUGACUCGUGGGACCUGUGGUUCCGAGUGAACGGGUUCCUGCUGGCGGCGCUGGGCGUCGUGGGGGUUUUCUCUGUGGUGGUGGUGGUGCUGCUGGGCUGCCAUCUCUACCUAGUCUCCAUCAACUGCACCACCUGGGAGUUCAUGGCGCGCCACAGGAUCUCGUACCUGAAGAACUGUGGACACGAGGAGAACCCGUUUGACAGAGGAGUCUUGUGCAACCUGUGGGACUUCUUCUGCAUCUGUAGGACAGUGAUGUGGGAGCAAAUGUACCACAAGCAAAGCCAGAAUGAGGCUUGAAGGAUGCAUAGCCUUCACCUUGUCUCGGUGACUCAGCACUAAUGCAACAUUUAUGCAUGAAAACAAAAACGACGCCUCACCUCAGCCUCAAACGUCUCGUAGCUCAAAUUUAAUGCCACUACGUUUUAAAGUUAAACAGGAGUAAUUGACUUGGAGAAUCAUCAGACGUUUGACAGGAAAUGAAAGGGUCAGUGUUUUCUUCUUCAGGACACGACGACCCCCGUACUAAUGAUGAUGAUGAGUGAUUAAAAUGUGUUGAACUGUAA